AUGAACGUAGACCCACUGGGCCCAUGGGACUUUGGUGCUAAAUAUGCCGUUAAAUACAAAGAAGACUAUCAUCGAGAAGCAACUUGGAAGGAGGUUGAAGACGCAUACGAAGGAUAUAAGAAGUUCUUUUAUACAUACCGUAGCGACCACCCCGCAGCAAUCACAGACUGCUAUGACGAAUAUCUUGCAACACUCGACAAGCAAGGUAAGCGACACACGUUUAUUGGGAAGAUAGAGGAGCAACGGGGAGAAGAGUUUGAAUACUGUUACUGGGUUUGUGCUAUAUUGCAAGAGAGGCAGUUGGGCGUUAUUAGUUGGGACAGAGCAGAAUCAGGAGCAACGGGGGUUCGUAGAGUAGUCAUGGGGUUAACAGAGGAGAAUAGUUGGAAUGCAUUACAACACUUGUACAAUAUAUCAUCCCCGUUUGCUCACCAUAAUUUGCUUCGUCAUAUAGAUGUAAAGUUGCCAUAUACACCAAGACAAGGAGGCCUUGGUGGAACUCUGUUCAUGACAACUGAAGGAAAUCGAAUCGGUAAUUAUGAAGGAAUUGACCUCAACAGUUCUGAUAUCUGCCUCCGCGAGCAGACAAUCCAAAAGCUUGUCGAAAAGAUCUGGAAUGCAGGCGUUUUACUCGUUCGAUCUCCACCCAUGUCUGGAAAAACCUCACUGGGCCAACUAUUAGACCAACACUUAACUAAAGAUCCCAACAUUCGAGUCAUUCGCAUCUCGCUCUUAUGGAUGGGCAUCCCUAGUGGAUCCUGGACAUUCGAGGAGGAGUUUCAGCGACUUAUGGGCAUAACUUGGAAAAAAUUUCAAGAUGAGUGUAAUCACAUUCAGACUAUAUUUAUUGUCGACGAAGUUCAGAUGCUUUAUGUGACCCAAGGUGAACCUAUGAGUGCUUCGCAUCACAAUGGCAAUGUCUUUUGGGAAGCGUUUAAGCGGUGCCAGCAGGGCGGUAACUUAUAUAUUGUUGCCUUUGCUGCAUAUGGCUACAAGGGUGCAUGGGAUUGUUCGUCUGUUGCAACUCGCACAAUGGAUGUGUCGCCGUUUGCGGUUGAGAACACAUGGGGCAUACAAGACGUGCGCUUCACUAAGGACGAGUACGAAGAUUACUUUUUACGCUUCUGCAGAACGCAUCUCGGAAAAAUGACAGAUGAAAAUGAUAUUACAUACUUAAAGGAAUACGUGCACAACACAACAGCUCGUCACCCUGGACUUGUCGCGUUUUUCAUGAAUCAUAUUAGAGAUUAUUUCUCCCCACAACUGAAAUAUGAUGAUACGUUGACAUUUGAAAGGAUUUUCUUGUACUUGAAGUCAUAUACGUUUAUGAGGGCAGGCUUUCGUGGGUAUUUACAUAUGCAAAAUUUGACUCCAGAGGAAACUCAACUUUGUGAUAGGGUAUUCCGAGAACCCAUUGAUAUCAGACUGCCAAAUAACACAUCCGGAAAAGAGCGGCGUUGGGGAAACACCGCUAGGCCAACGAUUCCUCCUGAAGAUUUCAAAAGCUUCCUCCUUGGAACCUUCACCAAUAUGAAUGCUGAGACUAUACGGAAAUCAUAUUCUGUUGGUAAAGACGAGCAGCUUUUGGAGCGUGCUUGGCAAAUGGAAUUUUACCGAGCCGCUACUCAAGUCCUACCUCCUGACAUAUUCAUUUCUGCUGAUGUUGGAACAUAUUGGGGGUCAAGUGGAUAUGUGGAUUUCUUUGUGGAUGACGGCCGGAGCUGGGUAAUCGAGUUACUACGGGAUGGUGCAGAUGCGCCUGGCCACAGGAGUUGCUUCGAACCAGGUGGUAUCUAUGAAUCUAUCAGGAAUAUAUCCAAUGAAUGGGUCAUCAUUGACAUUCGAUGUCCCGAUCUUCGUAGUGAAAAACCAAAGUAUAGUGGUGAUUAUCAUUGGAUAAACGUAUAUUGCCAGGAGAAUUGGAAGUCGGUUAUAAUAGAGGAUAAGGAUGGGAAAGUUGAGGUUCAGCUCAUGGGAGAGUAUCAGUAG